AUGACUGUAACAUACACCGGCGAAGUAGCUACAUGCCGUGGAUUUGGAACGUUUUUAAAAGUUUUGUACAAAUGGCGGGGCAGUAUAUACAAAUUGGUAUGGCUGGAUCUACUAGUGUUUCUACUGGUCUACUACAUACUCAACUUAACCUACCGACUCCUCUUGGAUGAUACUUCUAAAAAAAUGUUCGAGGGUGUGGUGAACUACUGCAGCUUCCACGGCAACGUGAUCCCGCUCUCGUUCGUGCUGGGCUUCUACGUCACGGUGGUGAUGAACCGCUGGUGGAGCCAGUACACCACGAUACCCUGGCCUGACUCGAUCGCGGUCUUCGUCUCCGCCACGAUACACGGGCAGGACGAGCGUGGGCGGUUGAUGCGGCGAACUAUAGUCCGCUACGUGUGCCUCUGCCUGACCAUGGUGCUGACGAUGAUAUCGCCGCGCGUGAAGAAGCGCUUCCCCACCCUGGACAACCUGGUCGAGGCAGGUCUGCUGCUGGACAACGAGAAGACCAUACUGGACAACCUGAACAGCAAGUUCCCGAAGCCCUCGAAGCAUUGGUUACCCAUCGUGUGGGCGACGAGUAUAGUGACGAGGGCUCGCAAAGAGGGCAGGAUCAGGGAUGACUUCGCGGUCAAAACGAUAAUAGACGAAUUGAACAAAUUCCGAGGGCAAGCGGGACUGCUGCUCAGCUAUGACACAAUUAGCGUGCCUUUGGUGUACACCCAGGUAGUCACAAUAGCGGUGUACUCGUAUUUCAUAACGUCCGCCCUGGGCAGCCAGUGGGUGGACAACAAGCUGCAGUCCGCCCACAGCGACGUGUACAUAAGCAACAUAGACCUCUACUUCCCCGUGUUCACCACGCUCGAGUUCUUCUUCUACAUGGGCUGGCUGAAGGUGGCCGAGUCGCUGAUCAACCCCUUCGGAGAGGACGACGACGACUUCGAGGUUAACUGGCUCAUCGACAGGGAUCUGCAGGUGUCCUACAUGAUAGUCGACGAGAUGCACCACGAGCACCCCGAGCUGAUCAAGGACCAGUACUGGGACGAGGUGUUCCCCUCCGAGCUGCCGUACACCAUCGCCACUGAGAACCAGAGGGAGGAGCACCCAGAGCCUUCCACGGCGCGCGUGGCCGUCCCGGCCCGCCAGCGCAGCAUGGUCACCGUGGCGCCCUCCAGCGUGAAGAUCGAAGAGAUGGCGCCCUCGAACACCCAGCUGCAAAUGAACGACGACGCUGUCUCCGGGAUACACUUCAUCGUGUCCCGGGGCAGCAAGCGCGGCAAGAAGGAGGAGCGGAACUCCAUGGGCUCGAGCAACUCGAUGGCGUCGCUGCAGCAGACGCCGCUGACGCGCGUCAACUCGGUCACCUCGAUGCUGAAGAGGCUCUUCUCGAAGGAGGAACAGAGGCAGCCGGCCACCCCGGUCACCACGCAGACGGACGGUGGCGGGCGCUUCGUGAUAUCCGCCAGCAACCCGACCCUGAGCAAGCCGGCUGCCACCGGCGGCAGCAUGAAGAUCGCCAACGAGGUCAUCGAGGAGGUGGACGAGCAGGCGACCAUCACCAGCAUGCACAAGCAACGCCACGACAACAGGCCGACAGCGAUGAGUUUGUUCGCGACUGCCCCCAGCCAGCCCGUGGACGUGCCCAACCGGACCUCUGACCGCGGCUCUGACUCGCGGCUCUCCUCCUCUGCGCCCACCCAGUGGGCGCGAGGGGGCGCGGGAGGAGGCGAGGGGGGCGAGGGGGGCGACAAGUCCCUCCGGGCGCAGGACUCUUUCUCGGCCCUGGAGCGGCCGCGGCUCGACAGCGACGUAGGCCCCUCGCUCAGCGCCGCCGGCAGCCAGACCCUCAUGGACGAAGUGGACGGCGUGGACGACGAAGACCUGGACGACUUCGACCGGCUGCGCAGCGUCCGAGAGCAGGAGCGGCGGGAGAAGCACCGCCAGAAGCUCAUGGCGCGGUCCGUCAGCGCACAACAGCAAGCUGGCAGUCAAGAACUAAUAGAUAAUGUAUUAUUGCUGGAAGAGUUGCUCAUGCAGUCGGAGGCAUUGAAAAAGGAGAAAUCGGAGAAUGACUUCAAAGAGACCACU